CGUGAAGCUGCGCCCUGAGGAGAAGCCGGGAAGGAGGCGGAGAGAUGGCGCCGGGGUAGGCGGGGCGCCGAGGGGCAGCUGAGGGCAGAGCCGGCCGCCGAGGGGCAGCUCCCAGGAAUAACCGGCGCUCCGAGAAACAGAGAGUUGGGUAAAGUUCCUGUCCUGUGGAGCUUACAGUCGGAAAAAUCCUCUACACAGAAACAAGGCUGGCAGAAUAGCAGUUGAUCCGCAGCAGGAGCCCGAGGAGUGAAGGGAGCACAACUAGAAAGACAUUCCAAAAAUGGCUGUAUGGUGUUUGGAAAUCUGGGUACCAGCUGCAGUGUGCACAUACUUGCAGAGGCUUCUGUUCAGCUGAGAACGGGCUGUGGACUCAGGUCCCAACCAGAUGAACCAGAUACUCUUCGAUCUCCAUGUCCUCUAAUGAUCUUGCAGUGAUACUGUGGAAACUUCAGGCAAACUUGGGCACUCUGGGCUGUUCUUCAGCUGAUGAAGUCAUCGUAGCUCAGCAGUAAUCAAGAGCUCUUCCAGCUGACACCAGCUCCUGCUCUGAGAACCUGUGAGCUGUCUUUGACCUCAGAGCUCAGCUCCAUCUGUAAAUGAAUGAGUCGCUGCCGAAUCCAGCUGGCCGGCAGCCCGAGAGACUGCAGUCCUCAGCGUAGCCACAGCACAGGGCAAACCUCGGAACCUCGGCAGAAACGAGGAGCUUUCUCUUCGGAUGUUCUCACCAAAAGGCUAUUUUCAGUUUUAUUAAAAAUGCACAGUAAGAAGCAAGCUCUAGGAAAAUGCUAUGUUGGAGUUGAUGUUGGGUCAGCAAGUGUCCGCGCGGCUUUGGUGGACGAGUUUGGGACAGUAGUGGCACAUGCAGAUCAGCCAAUCCAAAUUUGGGAGCCCCAUCCAGACCACUACGAGCAAUCCUCUGCAGACAUAUGGGCUGCCUGUUGCUCAGUCACAAAGAAAGUUGUCAGUGGAGUAGAUGCCAGCCGGAUUCGAGGGGUUGGUUUUGAUGCAACGUGUUCCCUUGUUGUUGUGGAUAAACAGUUCCAACCUUUGGCAGUCAACUGUGAAGGACAAAACUGUAGGAAUGUUAUUAUGUGGAUGGACCACCGUGCAGUCAGUCAAGUCGAGCGCAUCAAUGCAACGCAACACAGGGUUUUGAGCUAUGUGGGGGGAGUGAUGUCUGUGGAAAUGCAGCCGCCUAAAUUGCUGUGGUUAAAGGAAAACUUGAAAGAAUCGUGCUGGGAGAAGGCAGGCUACUUCUUUGAUCUUCCGGAUUUCUUAUCUUGGAAAGCCACAGGUGUCACUGCAAGGUCCCUCUGUACAGUAGUGUGCAAGUGGACAUACACUGCGGAUGGAGGUUGGGAUGACAGUUUCUGGAAAAUGAUCGGUUUGGAAGAUCUGGUCAAGGAUAAGUAUGAAAAAAUAGGAAACCACGUCUUGUCUCCUGGAGAGCCUGUUGGAAAAGGUCUAACGCCAGAAGCUGCAAAAGAUCUGGGUCUCCCUGAAGGGAUUGCAGUAGCAGCAUCUCUCAUUGAUGCACAUGCUGGAGGACUAGGAGUAAUUGGAGCAGAUGUGAAAGGACAUAACCUGCCAUGUGAGAACCAGCCAAUUACAUCCCGAGUUGCUAUGAUCUGUGGAACAUCUUCAUGCCACAUGGGGGUCAGUGAAACACCCAUUUUUGUGCCUGGUGUUUGGGGACCUUAUUUCUCUGCGAUGGUGCCUGGAUUGUGGUUGAAUGAAGGAGGUCAAAGUGCUACAGGAAAACUGAUAGAUCAUGUGGUCCGAGGCCAUGUCGCCUUCCCGGAAUUACAGUCCAAAGCUGCAGCCAGUGCUCACAGUAUAUAUACAUACUUGAACAGUCACCUGGAUCUGAUUAAGAAAUCUCUGCCUGUGGGUUUCCUCACUGUUGAUUUACAUGUUUGGCCAGAUUUCCAUGGUAACAGAUCUCCCUUAACAGAUCUGACACUAAAGGGCAUGGUUGUUGGACUGACAUUGUCUCGGGGUCUGGAUGAACUUGCCCUUAUCUACUUGGCUACGAUUCAAGCCAUUGCUUUAGGAACAAGACAUAUUUUGGAAGCUAUGGAGGCUGCAGGGCAUCGUAUCAACACGCUGUUUCUGUGCGGCGGGCUGAGCAAGAACCCUCUCUUUGUGCAGAUGCACGCUGACAUUACUGGCAAGCCUGUUGUCCUGUCCAAAGAAGUGGAGUCCGUUUUGGUGGGUGCUGCUAUUCUUGGAGCUUGUGCUUCUGGGGAUUUUGCAUCUAUACAGGAGGCCAUGGCGAAAAUGGGGAAAAUUGGGAAAGUCGUGCAGCCUAACCGUGAGCAUAAGAGAUUUUAUGACAAGAAAUACGAAGUGUUUCUGAAACUCGUGGAGCACCAGAGAGAGUAUCGCUCCAUCAUGAACAGCUGCUAAUCCAGAGGCACAUCAUCUGGGAACAGCCGGGAUAACGAAUUUCCAGAUACUUGCGAUGCGGGUAAUUUCUUCUCACUGUGCUGUCCAUGGCAAACACAUACUGUUAUCAUUUAAAGUGUACGUUUUAAUGUUUAAUGAGAAAUAAACUGCAUUCCCUUCACUGUGAA